AAUGUAAUAAAGUGAGGUUAAGGAUGAUGAUGACACUGACAGCGGCUGUCACUGUCAAAACAAAAUUUCAAAGCAAAAUGGCCGCCCCCGUUGUACUAUUGUUACUACUACUACUAUAAGAGAGGUGUAUUGAAUGGGGCCCCCAGUGUCUGUGGCCGCCCAUUUGUAAUUACUCAAAGCCGCCCUCGAGGUGUCGUUCAGUGUAUCGCGGGGCGGGCAUGAUCUUGUGCCCUCAUGGGGGCGCAGAACACCAAGGAGAGAACAACCGUGUCGGGCGGCGGAACCCAUUCGAUAAGGGCGGCCAGGAGUCGCCCCCGGGUCGUCAAAGAAGGCCGCCAAGCGGUUUCCAACAUUUUUACCGAGCACAGCGAUCCAGUUAGCCUUAUCAAAAAACUGCUAAUUAAAAAUGAGGCCCUACUGCAGAGCCGCCCUCUGCCCCACAUCCCCAGUCUGCCCGAGACUGAUCCACCCUCUGCCCCAUCCACUUCUUCUGGAGGCGGCAACUCUAGUGGGGGCGGUGGGGCUUCCACCCCCCUCUCUUUGGAAACAGCUGCCAAUCGCUGGACCUCCAAAGAGAACCUUUUGGCUCAAGAGGAGGACGAUCCUCAAUUGUUUGUCGCUCUGUAUGAUUUCCAGGCGGGGGGCGAGAACCAGUUGAGCUUGAAAAAGGGGGAGCAGGUGCGCAUUCUGAGCUACAACAAGUCGGGGGAGUGGUGCGAGGCACAUGCCUCCUCAAAUUUAAUCGGUUGGGUGCCCUCCAAUUAUGUGACUCCGGUUAAUUCCCUGGAGAAGCAUUCCUGGUACCAUGGUCCCAUUUCCAGGAACGCUGCCGAGUAUUUACUGAGUUCCGGGAUCAAUGGGAGCUUCUUGGUGAGGGAGAGCGAGAGCAGUCCUGGACAGAGGAGCAUUUCUUUGAGAUACGAGGGGAGGGUGUAUCAUUACAGAAUCAACGAGGACCAAGAAAUGAAGGUUUUCGUGACCGCCGAAUCGAAAUUCAACACUCUGGCCGAGCUCGUGCACCACCACUCGAUGUCCUCGGACGGGCUCAUCACCCAACUGUUGUACCCCGCCCCCAAACACAACAAACCGACGGUUUUCCCGCUCAGUCCGGAACCGGACGAGUGGGAGAUCAACCGGACCGACAUCGUGAUGAAACACAAAUUGGGCGGCGGCCAAUACGGCGACGUCUACGAGGCCUUUUGGAAGCGGUACAACAUGACGGUGGCGGUCAAGACCCUCAAGGAGGACACGAUGGCCCUCAAGGACUUUCUGGAGGAGGCGGCCAUCAUGAAGGAGAUGAAACACCCGAACCUGGUGCAGCUGAUGGGCGUCUGCACCCGCGAGCCGCCCUUUUACAUCAUCACCGAGUUCAUGAGCAAAGGGAACCUGCUCGACUAUUUGAGGAACGCGAACAAGGAGCAAAUCGACGCGGUCGUACUCAUGUACAUGGCCACGCAGAUCGCGAGCGGCAUGAGCUAUUUGGAGUCGCGCUGUUUCAUCCAUAGGGACUUGGCGGCACGCAAUUGUUUGGUCGGGGAAAAUCACUUGGUUAAAGUCGCGGACUUCGGCCUGGCCCGUCUUAUGAGGGACGACACCUAUACGGCCCACGCCGGGGCGAAAUUCCCGAUCAAGUGGACCGCCCCCGAGGGGUUGGCCUACAACAAGUUCUCCACCAAAUCGGACGUGUGGGCCUUCGGGAUUUUACUGUGGGAAAUCGCGACUUACGGCAUGUCCCCUUAUCCGGGGGUGGACUUGACCGACGUGUACCACAUGUUGGAGAAGGGCUACAGGAUGGAAAUCCCCCCCGGGUGCCCCCCCAAGAUCUACGAGCUGAUGCGUCAGUGUUGGCAGUGGCAUGCCAACGACCGCCCCACUUUCAAGGAAAUCCACCAUGCCUUGGAAAAUAUGUUUCAGGAGUCGAGCAUCACUGAGGAGGUGGAGAAGCAGUUGCUUGGCAACGAACUGAUGGUGUUCCCGGGGGCGGCGCAUAAAAAGUCCCACCACUCGGGGAGCACCGGAAACCUGCACGGCUUAAUCGGGAUCAACGACGCAUCAGAGCUGACUGGCAGCACCAUGGCAAUGAAACUAACAACGUUCACGGGGCAGCAGCAACAGUCGAAAGUGCAAAUGAGACGGACGACGAAUAAAAAAGGAAAGACGGCGCCGGCGCCGCCCAAGCGCACCAGCCUGCUGUCUUCUUGCAGUUCGUUUCGCGACAGUACUGCCGACGAAAACGGGGGCGGCUGCGCGACAGCGGGAGGCGGCCAAGAAAUGGACGGUCAAACCGAAGGGGCGGCAGCUGAUUUACAGGAUCAGACGCCCGAUACGGACGACUCCGGGGCGCAGACUUAUCCGGAAGGACGGGGGGCGGCUACCGCGCAUCCGCUCAUAGGUAGCCGGGGGAAAAAGUUGAAGAUCGCCCCCGUGGCUCUUAAAGACCCCAUGGGCCCAAUUCAAGUGGCCGCCCUCGAGGUGCAGAACGUGCGCAAGGCCAUCAGUCGUUACGGCACUUUGCCGAAGGUGGCGCGGAUCGGCGCCUACUUGGAGUCGCUGCGUCAAAGCAACGCCGCCCCCUCUACCGGGGAGGAAUCCGGCGAGGGACCCACGCCCCGCUCUUUAUCGCCGCGUGCGCCGCCCCAAAUGAUCCGCUCCAACUCUUCGAGCGGGGUGGUGGGCGGGGCGGCUACUUCCACCAGCGCCGCGCCGCCCCCUCCCGGGUCCCCUACCGGGGUCAAGUUGGCGCGCGCUCGCAAUUUUUCCCGAACGACCGCCGCCCCCACUGCGGCCGCCUCCGAUCUGCGUUCCAGUUUGCGCACGUUCAAAACGCCGCCCCGCACUUCGUUCCGCUCGCCGCCCACCCAGCGGCCGCCCACUCUGGCCGACUUGGAGUUUCCGCCGCCGCCCCCGCCGGAACUGUUCGACCUGCCGCCCCCCACCAAGAAAAUCGUACCGAUGUCCCCCAUGUUGCCUAGUAACAACAACAACAACCGGAAAUUGGUGACGAGUACCUCGUGCGCGGUAGGCGAGGACGUGAGCAACCCCCGCCCCUCCGUGGAGGAGGCGAGCAGUCGCUUCGGGGUCAGUUUGAAGAGGAGGGGCAGCCCGAGUCACGUGGAAGCGGAACCGCCGUCGGUGCCGCCCCCGCCGCCGCCUCCGCCGCCCCUGCCCUCCACCGUCAAGAAGGAGAUGGAGCUGAAACUGGUGGCGGAGAUUAAGGAGCGGGCGGACCAGAAGGGACGAGGGGGAGCGACGCCGCCCUCGUUGCUAAGCGGCGAGAGUUCGUCCCUGAGCAUGUGCCAUGACCCCGUGUCCCAAUUGGUAACCGAACUGUCUCAGUCCUUGAACUUGGAGGGGGGGCGGAAGAAUGCCCAGCAACCUCAGAAACUCAUCGAUUUCAAGUCGCGGCUAAGGAAAGUGGAGGGGGAAGAGCAGCAACCGGAAGUGAAACUUCAACAACCGGAAGAAGGAGGCGAGAGUAAACGUAAAAGUACCGGAAGUAUCAGCAGCUUGAAGAAGCUGUGGGAGGGAGGGGGCGACUACGCCUCCACCGCCGUCCAGUUGAGUCCGAAGUUGGCCUUGAAAGGGGCGGCCCCGGACCUGGAACACUCGCCCGUAGACAACUCGGACGAUUCGUCGUGUAGGAUGGAGCGCAGUGUCGGAUCAGAAAAGUCCCUGGGAAGCAAAUCUUCCUCGGAUAAAAAGUGGAGUGGGGAGGAAAAGCCGCAGAUCCCCACCAAACCGCAGGUGGGGGUCAAAAAAAGCGGAGGGGCGGGUCUAAGGGCGAUUUACGCCACCCCUUUGGCACCGCCCCCCGAUAAACAACAACAACAACAAGAGCAAGAGGGGGGCGGCGAGGACAACCACCACCAGGAAGAAGAGGAGGCGGAGGAGAAACAAAAGAGCGACAAGGAGAGCAUCCUGGAAAUCUCUCAGGCCUUGGAGAACACCCUCAACAACAUAAACAAGACCAACGGGGGGGCGGCCGUAUCGACGGCCACGUGGCUACAGAUCUCGGACAAGAUCGGGCUGUUGCACGGCUCGUGUUUGGACUACGCGGACCACGUGACCCCUCCCCACCUCAAGUUUCAGUUUCGCGAGUUGCUCGGGCGACUGGAGGCGGAGGGGCGGCGCAUGAGGGCGGCCGCCGCCCGCAACCAGCAGGAGAACGCCCGGAGCGUCGCCGAGGUGAACAACACGAUCCGGGACGUGAUUAACGUGGUGUUUCGAUAGAAAUGACUUUUGGUUUUUUAUCUCUCUCUCUCUCUCUCUCUGUUUUGGUUUCAAGAAAAAAGAAGAAGAAGACUGAUUUUGAUUGGUUGCAUUUGUUUUUUUUUUUUUUUUCACUGAACUGUGAUACGUUUUUUGUUUUGCUCUUGUCCCGGGUCACUCACUCUCUGUCUCACUCUUUUAUCAUAUACAUUAUGCUAGUCUCUCUCUCUCUGUUAAAAAAAUGUAAUUCGUCAUCUUAAGGUCUAAUUAGGGUUUUUUGUACAAUCCAAAGAUUAAGUGUAAAACUAUUAGUUAGGUUAGGAUUAUGGUUAAACAGUAGCGUUGGAUGCUCUCUCUGUCUCUCUCUCUCCUGUACAUACGUAGUCGAUUAUUUAUUUCUUUUUAUUGUCAUUAUAAUACGCUCAUUGAUAUUUUAUACCCCAACGACAAAUAUAUGCAAGUUCGCAGUCA